GGGGCCGUGCCUCCCGAGUCAGCCAUCUUUCAAUUGUGCUCCGAGCCGCCGCCGCCGCCAGCAGCAGUCGCAGCUCCGGCUCCUCCUCGCGUCCGCCCGCCCUCCUUCCCUCUCCCUCCCGCACGGCAGCCGCGCUCUCCCAGGCGCACGGGGUGUGAGGCAGCAGCGGAGUCGGCAGGAGCAUGGCCCGCACCAAGCAGACGGCCCGCAAGUCCACCGGCGGCAAGGCGCCCCGCAAGCAGCUCGCCACCAAAGCGGCGCGCAAGAGCGCGCCCUCUACCGGCGGGGUGAAGAAGCCGCACCGCUACAGGCCGGGUACCGUGGCUCUCCGUGAAAUCAGGCGUUAUCAAAAGUCCACCGAACUUUUGAUCCGCAAGCUUCCCUUCCAGCGUCUGGUGCGUGAAAUUGCUCAGGACUUCAAAACAGAUCUGCGCUUCCAGAGCGCUGCUAUUGGUGCUUUGCAGGAGGCAAGUGAAGCCUACUUGGUUGGCCUGUUUGAAGAUACCAACCUGUGUGCUAUCCAUGCCAAACGUGUCACAAUCAUGCCAAAAGAUAUCCAGCUAGCACGCCGCAUACGUGGAGAGCGUGCCUAAACUUCACUCUGAUGGGUUUGUCAUUCUCGAAGCAAAAUCUUCUUCCUGUUAUUGGUAGUAAUGAACGUUAGAUAUUUUUUCCAUGGGGUUAAAAGGUACCUAAGUAUAUGGUUGCAAAUGGAAAAAUAGGGGACAGAAUUGGGUAUUGGCAAGUUUUUUUCCAUUUUCAUUUGUGUGUGGAUUUUUAAUAUAAAUGAGGGGACAUAAAGCAUUAAUGCGGUCAAAAAAUGUUUCAGUGAACAAGUUUCAACCAUUCAACUUUAUAAAAAUUAUAAAUAAACCUGUCAAAUUUUUCUGGACAAUGCCAGCAUUUGGAUUUUUUUAAACAAGUAAAUUUCUUAUCAAUGGCAACUAAAUGGUGUUUGUAGCAUUUUUAUCAUACAGUAGAUUCCAUCCAUUCACUAUACUUUUCUAACUGAGUUGUCCUACAUGCAAGUACAUGUUUUUAAUGUUGUCUGUCUUCUGUGCUGUUCCUGUAAGUUUGCUAUUAAAAUACAUUAAAUGAU